AAACAUUCGUCUCUGCUUCCAGAAAUUAGGAGGAAGAAAACAUGGAGCUUUUCAGGUUGAUUUCUUUGUUUUGUGUCCUUGCAAUCUGCCAAGCUCUUUCAGUAGUGAAGAACAACAAAGAGCCUUGCUAUAGGCCUGAAUUUGACAAAGGAAUCGAAGAAAAAAUCAAAACUCCAAGGCCCCAUGAGUUGAUGAGCCUAAAUGAGCUUCCAAAGGCAUGGGAUUGGCGCAAUGUUAGUGGAAGGAAUUAUGUCAGCCAAACAAGAAACCAACACAUUCCCCAAUAUUGUGGGUCAUGUUGGGCUCAUGGGACAACAAGUGCCAUGUCAGACAGAAUAAACAUUAUGAGGAAAGGUGCCUGGCCAUCAAAUCUUUUGUCAGUUCAAAAUGUUCUUGAUUGUGCUGAUGCAGGAACAUGCCAUGGUGGAGGUAUGCUUGGGGUUUAUCAGUAUGCACAUGAAAAUGGCAUUCCAGAUGAAACAUGCAACAAUUAUCAAGCUAAGGACCAAAGUUGCACUGCGUUCAAUAAAUGUGGCACAUGUGUCACUUUUGGUCAGUGCCAUGUUAUACAGAACUACACCCUAUGGAAAGCAGGAGAGUAUGGCUCGGUUGACGGACGUGAAAAAAUGAUGGCGGAGAUCUACAAACGUGGUCCAAUCGCCUGUGGUAUAAUGGCCACAAGCGGACUGGAUGCCUAUGAGGGCGGAGUUUACAAAGAAUACCAUUUCUUCUCAAUGAUCAACCAUAUCAUAUCCAUUGUUGGUUGGGGUGUGGAUAAUGAUGGCACUGAAUACUGGAUUGGCAGAAAUUCGUGGGGACAGCCGUGGGGUGAAAAGGGAUGGUUCAAAAUUGUUACGAGUUUGUACAAAAAUGGGGAAGGAAAUAGCUACAAUCUUGGAAUUGAGAGUCAGUGCGCAUUUGCAGUUCCAACGUUUUAGGACAGUUACUGCAUAUUUGAGCCCUGAUACCUUGACCUUUGCCCUCAACGUAUUUGAACUUCGCUAUUCUAACCUUUGACCUCUACAUAUUUGAGCUUCGAUAUUUUGAUUUCUGCUGAAUCUUUUGAUAUUUUGCCAAAAAGGGGAAAUGCGAAAAAAUUGGCACUCUUGAUUUUGAGAAAGCUGAUUUAGAGAUUGCCGAAAGCUCGUGUAAAAACGAAAAAUUACAGUUUUCUAUAUUUUGAAAAAUUUCCGUGCGAUAAAACUUUGGUUUAGAUAAAUUUGAUAGGAUUUAUUUACUAUUUAACUAGCUUCAUCGAAAAUAAAUCCCCCGCAAUUUUUGGCGCUUAAUGAAUUAUGUUUGGCUUAAGAUUUGUAUGAUAACCAAUUGUGAUUUGCUUACGUUUGCCAUAAUGGCAUGUUCGAACGAUAGUGAAAAAGUACAACUGUUAAACAAGAAAUCUGAUCUGAUGCCCCUUCCCACAAUGCUCUUCUAAUAACAAUCGUUCCAUUAAGUAGUUAUUCUUACCCUUUCCAGUGAUGAUAAAGCUCUCCUAAAUUUUUUGUUCGUUUGAGGAAGCUGCUCAACAUUUAUACAAAAUUUGAGUAUCCUGUCAUAAUUUCCCUCUUUUAUUGGGUUUUAUUUAACAUGCAAUCUAUAUUGCUUACAAAUAUAGCUUAAUUGUCACGUUUCUGCUCCUUAAUUAGUGCGUAUCACUUUUAAUUAGUGUUUUUUGUAUUGUAUUUUCGUAAUUUUCCUUCCUUCUCGAAUGCGUAAGACUGGCGCAAAGUGUGUGAGAUCAAUAUUAUUUAAGACUUGUAAUUGAAAUAAUUUUGAAUAUAAAGCUUUUUUCCAGAGAUAAUUUUGUCAUCCA